AUGAGCUAUUCAUCAUCAGAGUUUUUUAACCCAUCAGUGGCACUACGAAAACAGCAGCAGCAUCAACAAUAUAUAGGUGAUGGGUCUAGAAUACCCCAUAUCUCGGCGUCAAGGCCCUCCUCAUUGAUUCCUCCAUCAUCAUCGUUGAAUGCCAACAACAACAACAACAACAACAACAACAACAACAACAACAAUGGCAUCAACAGUAACGGCAAUGGCCACUUCAACUCAAAUAAUCGCCACUCUUUACAAAUGAGCUCAUCAGUGGUGCAAUCAUCAUCUUUGAAUGAAGUAAACACGCCCUUGGGAAAAAACAAACGAAGAUCAGUUUUGCUUUCUGCACCUGCAUCGACAAAUAAAAAACGUCAAAGCAUAGGAAUCUCGCAGCCUCUGAACCUACAUCAUCGGCUGCUGCAGCAGCGACAGUCAUUUAUGAACCGUUCUCAAGUAUUUUCAUCGCAACCAACACCACUGUUUUCUCACCGUAUUUCAGGUCCAUCGCAUAUGCAAAUAUUAACCACUGCUACCACCACUGCCGCCACUGCUGGUGCUGCUACUACUACCCCGCAUUCCACCUCAUCUAGUCAACAAAUGGUAGAUCCGCGGCCCUUACGAGAUCGUUCAGAGCAAGAGCUAAUGCUGAAAGAAGUUUACAAGUUUCUUCUUGAUCGCAAAUUUGACAUCAAGUCGGGCAUUCAACUAAACGAAAACACUUUCAAACAACCAACGCAACGAAACUUUAACGAAAUGUUCAAGUUUAUCUAUUUGGUUAUAGAUCCAAGCUAUAUCUUUGAGAAAUCAGUAGAGCAAGAGAUUGUUCCUAUACUAAGAUGGAUUCAUUAUCCUUAUCUAGGGACAAUAUCGAGAUCACACUUUAGUGCAGUUGGAGGACAGAAUUGGCCCACAUUCUUGGGUAUAUUGUACUGGCUAGUUCAAAUGGCAAACUCGUUAGAAGCCUUGGAUUAUGACCCAGAUGAUGAUUUUGAAAAAAUACUUAAUCAAUAUACAAAGAAAUGUUAUUCAAAGUUUCUUGAUGAGGAUGAUGAUUACGAAGGGCCUUACCAAGAAAUGAUUUCCGACUUUAAUGCCGAAAAGGAGAAUUAUAAAACAUUACAAACAGAGUGCGAAAGUAAAGUGCGAGCGUUACAAGAAAAAUACGAACAAACCAUGGUUGAAUUGCGGUUGAAUGACGAUGCAGACAAGAAAACCAUAGCAUUAGAAGAUGACCAUGAGAAAUUGAAGGCUUAUAUAAACCAAGUUAAAAGGAUGAUACCUGACUGGAAAACCAAAAUGGAGUUGGUUGAAAACGAAAUGAAGUUGAUGACUCAGAAAUUGAGUAACUUAAAUGAAGAAAAAGAGCAGUUAAACUUGGAACUUGAAAAGCAGGGGAUAGUUGUUGAACAGAUUAAUCAAAUGCAUCUCGAUAGGGAUAACUUUGCAAAAGCAGUUGACGCUGCGCACGCCAAGGGAGACGAGAUCAAGGAUAAAUUGGCCACUAGACUUUUUGAGUUGGAGACUAGUAUAGAUGGACUUGAGUCAGUUUUACUGGAGUAUAAUACGAUAGUUCAGAGAUUUAAUUAUGAAGAUGAAUCAGAAUUCCAUUUUGGAUUUUCCAUCAAUAGUGACAUUCAAAAACCCGAUAGAGCAUUUGGAAGAGAUGAGGUGUUGCACAAUAAGAAUAUCAAUGACGAGAAAAUACAGUUGGUGAGAUUACUGGAUAAACUAAAACGCCAAAUUGCCGAGGACAAUAAAAGUUUACAAAUCAUAAACGAAGAGAGCAAUUCCAUACUACAGACGAUCAAUAUGCAACGAGCCAAAGUUGAGGAUUUACAAAUUCAAGAUACGCUAGCCAAACGCAAAUGUGAUGAAGUUUCACAAAAUCUGUAUCGACAACAAGCUGACUUUAUAACACAAAUAGAGGAAACAGAACAUCGAGCCCGAGAAAUUAAGAUGGCAAUGACUUCAUCGGUUCUCAAUUUGGAGAGGAGAUUGAGAGAUGCGAAUGUUGCCAAAAACAAAAUGAUUGAAGAUAUACAAUUUGGAGAAAGAGAAAUGAAUGAUCAAAUUGAUAACAUCAUUUCGUUUGUUUUGAAAUUCAAGUCCAAUAUUCAAGAAAGAUUGGUAAUUAUGGCAGAUACCAACAUGAGAAAAGAAUCGGAUUGA